UCGCGGUUCAAGUUCAAAGCACGCAGCAAAGACAAGAUUACUCGUGUGUUUCACUUCAUAACAACUACUGCAAAUGGACAAUUAACUGAAUUUUAUUCAUAUCAAAUGUUGAAAAGCCUCAACUUUAAAUUCUAAUUUUAUGAUGGGGAAAAAGAGUCUUUGUGUUGCAUAUUUUUUAUGGCUCUUCUUCGGCGCACUGGGACUGCAUCACUUCUACUUAGGCCGCGACAGACAUGCGUUUAUUUGGUGGUCAACAUUUGGGGGAAUUUUCCUAUUCGGCUGGUUUAGAGAUCUCUGGCGAAUCCCAUCGUAUGUUGACGAUGCAAAUGAAGAACCAGACUUCAUGGAUGAGCUGACUCGCAAAAUGAGGCUUCGAAAGACACCACCUUUUAAUGUAACAAGGUUUGCCGGACAAAUGACUGUUGGCUAUUUUUAUGGAAUACUCGUAAGGCUUGCAAUCCCAGAAGAAGCACCCAAGUCUAUUGUUGCAUUAUUGGUAUCCCUUGGCAUAGCAGUAGGUGUUCACUUAGUUGGAAACGUUGGAAGAGAGAAAGGAAGCUUUCGAUAUCCAUUUGUUGGUUGUUUUAUAGCCUAUGCGAUUUUGAACAUUCUUACUGGAGAUGACGUUAAUUACAUGUACUGUGCACUCUUUGGAUCCAUGGCGUUCAAUUAUUUCCGAGAAUACAGACAAAAAGUAGAGAAAAAGAAGACCACUUGUCACAGAAUCACAAUUCUAGCACUUAGUGGACUUCUGAUUUGCUCUCUUUGGUGUUCUUUUCUUUAUUUCAAUGCCCAUAUUACAACAGAAGAAGGUGAAAAAAUCAAACUCCGUGACUCUGUUAAUCACUUCUUCAAAUCUCCUGCCUGGUUAGAAUUCAAGGAAACAUUCUGGGGACUAUACGAGGAAGCACAAAAACAAGGAUGGAGAAAUGUUUAUGAUGAACUAGUUAAAGCUCUAGAUCCAAAAGGUGAAGCUCAUGCAUUAAAGGUUCUAGAACUGUCUGAAAAUGCAACUGAAGCUGAAAUAAGGAGGCAGUAUAAGAAAUUGGCUGUAAAAUGGCAUCCAGAUAGGAAUAAAGAUAAUUUAGAAGAAGCUCAUAAGAAGUUUAUUGAAAUACAAGAUGCUUAUACAUUAUUAUCAAAAUCUAGAGGUGAAAGAAAAGCCCGCAACCAGAGGUCAACAACAAAUGAACGGACAGAGUUUUAGCAUUCUUGUUGUAAAAAAUAUAUUUUCAAUUUAGUUCAGUGCCCUCCAUUUUAGAAUUGGUGACGCAUGCCCUGUAGUUGAUAACUAUACAGGUAGUUAUUAACAAAAACUAUCAAUUCUCAGUUGCUCGUCACAAUUAAGAUACACCCUGAUAGAAAUUAUCAUUGAUGGUUGGCUGUUUGUGUGUGUUGACAAAGAAUUUAAUGACAUGAAAUAAACUAGAUUAGACUAGGGAAACACAAGUCAGGUAUAAAGCCAUUUGUGUUGUCAUCUAUGAUUUGUAUUUUAAAAUAACAGCUAUAUAAAUUGUUUCAGCAAAUGCUAGAAACUUUCUAUUGAAACAGCUGAUUCAUCAUGAAAAUUUCUGUUUGCCAGUGGUACUUAUUUGUAUGUUACAAAUCGGUUUGCCUAAACCAUCUUAUAAAGGUUAAGAGCAAAUCACUCUAGUUUCAAAUGACCAAAUAUGCCAAUAAAGGGGACAUUAGAGGGGGGACAUUAGAAGAACUAAAGGAUUUUACAAUAAGUAUUCAGUGAAUCAACAUCUUUGUAUUGGUUAAACAAACUAAGAACAAGUUAAUCAACUUUGAUGGUUUUAAAUUGUACGUACUAAACCAUAAGCUAUCUUGAAUAUCUAAUUUUUACAAGGACAAAUUUAAUAAUAAAUGUAAACAACACAAGCAAGUUUUGAUUUAUGAAAGUCUUAUUGUUUUAAUUUUUUGUGCCAGUUUCUAAAAGAGAUUGGAAGAGUUUAAAAGCCAGUUUGAUAGUGUUUGAAUAGCAGUGAAUUUGUGAGAAAUGGAUUAGUGGAAGGUGUUAUCUCUGGCUGUUACUUAAAAAUCCAAUAUAAAUUAUAACAGUUUUUAUGGAAUAUGUUCCUUGUUUCAUUUUUGCUUAUUGUAAAUAUUUUUAGCAUAAGAAGACCCUGGUUUCAAAUCAUUAAUAAAUUGAGUUUUAAAACCAAAAGAUAGAGAGCACAUGA